GCGAGGAGCAAGCGAGUGGGCAUAGCCCCUUGCCAACUUCGUCAGGGAGUCAUUGACCUGGCAGGAUUUUGAGAGGAAGAUGGAGGGCUUGCACCCAUCGCCAUUAGGAAGGGAUGGACAACCCAUCCGUUUCGAUGACACUAACUUGUGGAAAUUCCUGAAGAGCUACGACGAGUUUGCAGACAGCAUCAACGAGCCACCAAGCCAGAGGGUGAGGGGUUUUAUUCUGUUUGUAAGGGAACACCUCAGGUCCUUUGUCAAAUCUAUUGUGGAGCCUGCCACAAACUGGGGCCAUUGCAAGAAAUUGCUUUGGAACUACUAUACUCCAGCUCGUCAGGCAGAGGAGAGGAGGAGUGUGCAUAGAAAGAGGAAGGAGCCAGAAACUGCAGAGARGAGAACCUCUGAGCAGGGCAUGACCUCAGGAGCUMAGAGGGAUGGCCAGAGGAGAGAGCACAGGUYCCGGAGGCAGGAGAGAGRGGAGGACCAGCAUAUUGGCAAGACUCAACAGAAAGAGGAGGAGACUGCAGAGAGGACCCAGAGGGGAGGGCCCUCAGGUGGAUCAGAUAUACCUCCUCACCUUGCUCAGGUACAUGAGACCACUCCUAGGCUAGGCAUGCAGCCAGAGACGUCUCAUAGGGCACAGGGUCAGGGAAAGGAUGAGGAUCAGGCUGCAAGAGAGAAGGAACAGGACAAGGAAGAAAGAGCGGCAAUAGAGAGAGAAAUCAGAGUCCAAAUCAGACUCAAGAACAUUGCGGAGCUGCACGAGAAGGUUGAGCAGGGAGACCAGCCUGUGAUACUAGAAGGCAGAAAGGGGAAUGGCUCACCUACUCAAGACGAUGAGACUCCUCUUUUCACAGAGGCUUGGGACAACUUUGAUAAGUUGUUGGAGGCAACAGGGAGGCCCAGGGAGCAGCAUCAAGAGAUGGGGGUUAAGCUGGUCUCUACAGACUUGCUUAGCCUGAAGGGCCUUACGAAAGAGGGUUUUGCGGCGGCCAAGACUUCUGAUGAAAAGAUGGAGAAGAGGUUGACGAGGGUGGCGCGGGCGUUUCAUGAGCAGAGAAUGGACUGGCAAAAAGAAAUUGGUGAUCUCAAGAAGGAGUUGGAGAGGCAGGACAAGGAGAUGGAAGCCAUAAAGACUGAGGUGGAGAAGGCCUGGGCAGGCAACGAGGCCAUCAGACAGGUCAACCASACCCUUAACAAGGUCAAUGACAAUCUGAGGGCCUACUUGCAGAUACAGCAGAACACCUUUCAAGUAAAGGAGGCGAAGUGGGAAAASARAAUCAUGGACCUUGAGGCCAAGUGUGCACAGCAGGCACCUACUGCAGUGGUAGACUGGACAGAGGUCCAGAGGUUUGAGAUCAGGAAGCAGCCUGCAGAAGAGGCCUUCAAGUGUCAGAAGGUGGAAGAGAGGGCAAACGAACAGAAGGAUGAGGAAAUCCCCCUGCUAGAUAAARAGAUGUUGCAGCCUGAGGACGCCCUAGCAAGGAUGAAGUCAGGAACCGGGGGGUUUGASUGGAGGAUGCCCACAGUCUUGGCACAUGAGGCGAGGCCACCAGCAGAGGAUGCGAUGGAUGAGGCUGCACUUCCCAUGACUCAGGAGGAGACUGUGGGGAGACAGGAGGUUCAGGAGAGUGUGGGACAGGCCAUGGCAGGGGCUGAGGAGAGGGAGGAGCGGGAGGUCUCUCAGAAGACUCCACCAUCUCAGGAUAUGCCUCUAGUUGCAGGUCUGGAGGAUGCACUGGGAUCUUGGGCCACUGGAUCCGGGGCAGAGGAGCGAGUGAGGGAGCAGAUGGCCCAAACAGAUGACAGAGCAGCAUGCCCCAUUCCCCCAGAGCACCCACAGCAGGAGGUCACCAGCGAGGCCACAGCAGCCCCCUCAUCUGUACCUUCCCAUGCAGCUGACAAGAUGGAGCAGAAAAGGUUUGGAAGAUGCUUUUACUGCAAGAGAGGCAAGCACCCACAGGAGACCUGUCCCAAAAGCCUCAAGGAUGAGGCCGAUGGUUUGUUUUCAUGGGACCCAUCUGGCGUACGCAGGGACAGAGAUGGGAACCUGAUCCUGAAGACUCGUGAUGGGAUACGAGCGCAGUUGUAUAGGCAACUGCAGGAGGAUAUGAGUAAUCAGGAGUAGGAUUUACGAAUAGGGUCCGGAAAAGUCUAGAUACUGAUAUGUGUAGAACAU